GAGCGCUGUGUGCUGCAGCUUGACAUCCGGUUCCAGCUGCAGCUGAGGAGCUGAGAGUGAAGCACAUGCUGAACUGAGGCAGAGUCAUGGUGGUGAAGAAGAAGACGGCCAGAGUGGAGGCCGUGGUUCUGGAUGAGGACAAACUGCACCAGCUGAUAGCGUCCCUCUCUGUGGGUGGAGGAGAGGAUGGAGUCAGGCAGCUGGCUCAGACCCUGCAGUCCUGUUUGGAGCUGACGGAGCCCGUGCAGCAGAUCCAGCUGGUUAAAAAGGCAGGGUCCCAGCUGGAGGCGCUGAGUGAGGAGCAGCCUGAUGGAGCUCUUCUAGACGCCUGUCUGCACACCCUGUCUCUGGUCUACACCUCCCUGCAGGCCAAGAACCCCCUACGAAGAGCCAUUGCCAGUGCCUUAGCUUCAGUACCCGUCUGGCUACAAGAGCGCGCUGUGAACCGUCUGUCUGCCUGCGUGUCUGACUGUCUGUCCGACCCGGCUCCAGACCGGUAUCCACACGUGGUCGACUCCGUCGCUGCCUGUCUGGAUGGAUUCGCUCUCGGUGAGAGAUGUGUCCACAAACUGCUGCCUGAAGUGUUGCAGUUCCUUCACAAGGGGUUGAGUGAAUACCUUCACCAGAACAGCGGUCUAGCUGGGCGCCACAUUGCCCAGGCCCAGCUGAUGCAGUCCUGUCUGGCCGCGGUGAAGACCUCCAUGCUGGUGAUCCAGAGGUCUCAGGAGGCCAUCAGCGCCGCCCUGGAGGCUGAGCAGAGUGAGUGCGAGCUGGAAGACACGCUGAGCAGCCUCCUGGGCUCCUACAUACACAUCCUCACUGACGAGGAGUUCAUCCAGUCCGUCCAGAGUACGGCCGGCAUGGCUGUGGUGUUAUUGAUCAGGUCUGUCAUCGGCUGUGGAGACAAAGUUGCUUCUGUGGUGUGCAGUCUGCUGCGUAGCUCAGCCCAGGGUUUGGACUCGGCCCCUCAGUGGCUAAAGCAGAGGUGUGAGGGUCUGUGCACCAGUGGUCGCCCGCCGGGUGUCUCUCUGUACCUGUGUCAUGGCGCUCUGGCCAUGUUGAGCUGGAAGGGCGCCCUCCCUGGGCCCCAGUGGGAACAGCUGCUGCUGCUGGUCCCGGACACACUGCUGGAUCUCGAUGUCAGCAUAAAGGAGUCCAGCACAGCCAUGGUGGUGGCUCGGGUUCUGACCCUGUGGAGCAGCGCGGCCCUGGACUGCCUGCAGGGCGAGAGCCAGCCCUGCCCCCCUCGCCUCCAGCAGUCCCUCAGCGGAGGUUCAGAGCUACAGCAACACCUGCUGGAGCACAUCUACUCCCACUGGGAGCACCCACUGGACGGGGUCCGCCACCAAACCCGCUCUCUGUUCCGCAACCUCCUCCUCCUCCAUCAGCACACCGACCCCUCCACUUCUGACCCAACCCAGGACUCUUACGUCACAGAGCUCACCCAGAGUCUGCUGGGACUGGAGUGGCACAUGAGGGGGAAGUACGGCUCGUUGGGCUGCCUCGUGGAGCUCUACGGGGCCAGGUACCUGCUUCACAUCCAGCCCCAGCUGCCUUCAUGUCUGCUGGGCCUGAUGGGGGACCAGACCCUGGCUCCUUACGCCAGCGACCUCCUGGAGAGGCUGUUUGUCAGCCACAGGGCACAGCUGGCCGGCGAGGCCACAGAGGACUGGAUGGAGCCCUGGCACCGGACGUGGGUAACCCCCCUGUUACAGGUGCUGUGCCGUGCCAGACUGGACCAGACCACAUACAUCCUGGACUAUUUCCUGCCCAAGCUGCUACGCUGCAGCCCGUCCAGUCUGGCACACAUGGUGGAGGCCUUGCAGGACACGCCGCCAUGCAGCGCAGGUCCCUCGGGCAGCAGGGGUGCACUGGGAGCUCUCAUGACGUGCCUGCGAGCAGCCAGAGCCCAGGGUGUUGUUCCAUCCUCAGAGGAGGGUCUGUGGGGGGGACUGGUGCCCCUCUCCCUACUGCAGCAAGCACUGGUGCACAAACAUGAUCAGGUGAGGAUGGACGCUUUGGGCUUAGUGUGCGAGAGCCACCGCAGCACUGAAGUUGUGACCUCACAGGAAAUGGAUCUGAUCCGCCACUUCCUGCCACCGAAUCUUAACAGUCAGUCACCAGGUGUUAGACAGCAGACGGUCAGCCUGCUGAAGAAGUUGCUUUGUAGAAUGAAGGACAGCACUCUGCUGCUGCAGAAGAGGCUGAUCCAGGAGAGAGACCAGGAGCAGAGAGACCGAGACCAGCAGACACUACAUCUGUACAAGGAGUUCCUGCGCUGGGUGUGUGUGAGCCUGCUGGAGGUUUUGCUUCCUGGAGCUUCCUUCUCUAAAUGCCUGAUGUCGCUCCACCUGCUGUGUGUGCUGGGCCAGCUCUUCACCUUCAGCACAGGGCCCAACGUGUUUGCCCUCGGUGAAGUUGUGACCUCUGACCAUGCUCAGAAUGUCCUCUACUGCGUCGCCAGCAACUUCCUGGAAGUCAAACAGCUGGCCUCGACGUUACUGCGGCAACUCCCGCCAUCAGCUGUGGGCCUGCAGGAUCAGGAGAGGAUGUGUGGUGUCCUUCGGGCCGCUCUGGACCUCAGUACCAGCACCAGGCCUUUUGACAGCGUUUCAGCAGCCCACCUGCUCAACCUGCUGCUCCACCAGCCGCACCUGAGCCAGACUCUGCUGCACUGUGCGCAGGAGCAGGGCUUAGAUUUCCAGCCUCCCUCCCCGCCGCCACAGCCUUCUGAAGCAGUUACCUUGGAGCUCAACACACUGGCUGUGGUUCAGUUCUUACUGCACUGUCUGCAGUUAGAGGUGUCGAAGGCGGAGUCCUCUCUCUUGCAGGCAGCGGCUUCCUCUCCUCUCUAUGGCAGAGCCCACUGCAUCACAGCGGUCCUGCAGCAUCUCAACACUGAGAGUUUGAGCCGGACCGAGCAGUGGAGAUGUCUGGUGUCAGAGCUCAUUGCUGUGUGCUACAGGAUGUCUGAUGUGGUCUCCCCUGUAGUCCAGAGCUCCUCCCCUGAAGGACUCAUCCCAAUGGAUACAGACUCAGGCUCUGCUCUCCUCUGAGCCCAAGUCGUCCAGUUGCAGCCUGCUGAAGAUGACCAUGAGAGAGCUGAUCACUUUGGCCAUGCCCUCUGCUAACAGGAACACCGACUGCUCCACCGUCCCUCAGGUCCACGCUCUGAACAUCCUCAGGGCUCUGUACAGGGACACUCGUCUGGGGGAAAACAUCAUUCCCUUCGUCUCAGACGGACUGCAGGCUGCUGUGCUGGGCUUCACCUCUCCUGUUUGGGCUGUGAGGAACUCCUCCACUCUUCUCUUCAGCACUCUGAUCACAAGGAUCUUUGGAGUGAAGAGGGGGAAGGACGAGCACUCGAAAAAGAACAGAAUGACGGGCCGAGAGUUUUUCACCCGUUUUCCGGCUCUCUAUCCGUUCCUUCUGAACCAGCUGGAGGAGGCUGCAGCCACGGUGGAAAGUGACAGUGGUCAGGUGAAGCUUCACCCCAGUCUGUUCCUACUGCUACUGGUGCUCAGUCGACUCUACCCUUCUCCCAUGGAUGGAUCUUCUUCACCUCUGGGACUCGCUCCUUUCAUGCCCUUCAUCAUUAGGUGCUGUUUCUGCUGCGCUCCUACCAGACUGACUCACACAGGCCGCUGCCAGCAGGAAAUGGCAUCAGCGAAGCCCUCCGUCAGCGCAUGUGGCUCGCUUCUCGACAAAAUAGCUGUGUGGUGACCAGAGGAGCCUUUCUGGAUGUGUUGGUGUGCCUGUGUGGGCCGAAGAUCAGUCUUCUGGAUGAUUCAGACGUCGGUGACCUCCGACAGGAAGCUCUGUCCGUCCUCGUGGCCUCAGAUCUCGUCACCUCCGACGCUUCCUCCUCCACCCUAGGGCCCGGCAGCACCCAGUACCUGCUCAGCCUGGCCCGGGUGGCCCUCAGUGCCAGCGUGGAGAUCCCUGAUCUCUGGGGGGGGGCUCGGCUCACCAGCCAGCUCCUGCAGAGUCUGCUGCGCUGCCCACAGUACGAGGUGAGGGAGCUGGCACUGGAGGGGGUCCUGAGGAGGCUGCAGGAGGAGGAGGAGGAGGAGGAGAGGAGGCCUCAGUGGCUGGACGAGACCACCCUGUCUAACCUGACCAGCCUGGCUCUUCAUGAGACACACCCCCAGUGUCUGGCCAAGGUCCUCACCGUGCUGUGUGUGUUGAGCUCCAGCGGUGAGCUCCAGUGGAGGGAUGCCGUUAAGAUACUGUCCCAGGAGGAGGUCCUGCUGCACCUUCUCGCUCUGGCUCAGAAUUCUGCUCACAGGUCAGAAAAGACACACAUACGUGCACAUGUGUAAAUAAUCUCUAACGUG